AUGCUAGCAGCGUGGAAUGUGCGGGGGCUAAACAACGUGGGCAAGCUUAGGGAGAUUCACUCCCGUCUCCUAGAACUUCGUCCAAAAAUUAUUGCGUUACUAGAAAGUCGUGUCAAAGUGAAAAAUGUGCCUUCCGUCCGGAAUAAACUCAUGCUGCGGGGCAACUUUGCAGACAACUACCAACAUCAUGCUAAUGGCAGGGUUUGGAUGUAUUGGGAUUCAAAUGAAGUUGAUGUUAAAAUUGUUACUUCUUCCAGCCAAUUCAUCCAUUGUGGUAUUCAUGACAUGGCUGGGAAUUUCUUAUUUUGGUUAACUGUUGUUUAUGCCUUGAAUAGACUCGAGCAAUGUUGCUGA